AUGCCCCUUGGGCCAGGUCAGGGAAUGGGGAGCGGGUUGGGAGUUUCGUUUCGGAGUUUAUUCGGCCGGAGCAACGUCUGCAUUGCGGCUAAUCGUCUUCUCUUCCCUGUACGAACAGGGCAGCGAAGCAUGCCUCUUCAUCACCGUAAAGAAGCUCCUUCUAUCUUAUAUGGGAUGGGGUCACGCGUAGAACGAGAGCGAGCAAAAAGAAAGCACGUGGGUGCCCCCACUACGCGGGAAGGUAGCGGAAAUAGACAAAACAAGGACUCGACUCAUUCUCUUCAUUCACGGGAAAGAGAGGCAAGGCCGGCUCAAGCCCAAGGCUUUGGCUUUGACAGGCGCAAGGGCAUUAAGCGUGCCAGUGAGUUAGCUGCUGUCGGAAAAAGCGCAAUAGCCAUAGAGUCAAUCCCUGCCUUUAAUUAUCUCACUCCACCUUCUUCAUAUGAGCCUAACAAAGGAUAUCAGCUUGCUCGCCUAUCGGUGAACCCCCAAAAGGAUAUUCUAAGAGAUAAGGAUGUUGCUAUACUGGUACACUACACUGAAACUAAGAACUCUACUUCGGUACAUGAGUUAGAGCUCUUGUUGGUUCCCAGCGAAAAACCACUAAUUGCUUUCAACCUAACUUCGAUAUGGAACUGCCGUUUACAACUCAAAGAUCCACUCCUAGUGGGUGGUAUUCGUGAGUCACAUUGA